AUGCAGAUCUUCGUCAAGACCCUCACGGGCAAGACCAUCACUCUUGACGUGGAGCCUUCCGACACGAUCGAUGGCGUGAAGCAGAAGAUCCAGGACAAGGAGGGCAUCCCCCCGGACCAGCAGCGCCUGAUCUUCGCCGGCAAGCAGCUGGAGGACGGGCGGACCUUGUCGGACUACAACAUCCAGAAGGAGUCUACCCUUCACCUUGUGCUUCGUCUCCGUGGCGGACAGUCUGUUGCAAUUUGGUAGCGGAUGAAGUCUGUACAAGAGUCUGAGCGGAAUCGAGGAUGAUCGGCUGUUAGCUUGUCACAUUGUAACCGAGGUUCGUCGGAUGCGUGAGAAAUGAAGACGAAGCGGAGCUUGCGAUUCUUCGGGUAGUCUUCUUCCGGAUGGAAGUCGUGGAACUGUUGGCAACAAUGCUGGGACGAGAGUAUUACAUGUUUUGUAAUACGUUACAAAUGGUAGCUCUGUGACUUGACAUCUACGGUUUGCUGUCACAUGGUCUUGACCAACGGCUCUGCCGAAAAGGUGGCACGAAGUUGUUCGAGCAACCGCUCUUUCUGGCGAAAUCGCACCGGUGGUUUGCUCAGCUUGUGUGCGUGCGUGCACCUGCUGCUGCCUCGUGUGCAACACCUUUCGCUUGUCGGAAGAGGUGCAUUUUUCUGAUGGAACACACUCGGCCUCAUAUGCC